UCAUCCCUCGACUAGAAAACAAGAGAUCCGAUGGUAUUCCGAUGAAAAAGAUGGUGGCGCCAUUGAUCUCACAGUGUGCCUACUUGUGUGCGACGAACGAUUCCUGUCAAGGUUUCCAUUACAACAAGAUCUCACGGGAAUGUAGCCUUUAUAACAGUCAGAACCACAGAGAUGUGGGGGAGGACAUGGGAAGUAAACACUUUCAAAUCAUGCCGAAAGAGUGUGUUCCUGGGAUUGACGAGUGGUUCCCAGACUUAAAUAAAUGUAUCCACAUCGAUACUACCUUAGUAUAUCACAGCGAAGCUCAAAGCAGGUGCCAUUCACUGUCCAAAGAUUUGAUGAGUCUUGAGACCAUAGCAAAAUACAACACUGUCAAGGCACUUUUGAAUACCUUCGAUAUUGGUGGGUACUUUUAA